AUGCUCGUUAGCAACACCUUGGUUAUGGGUGAUGAAAAUGCUGCACUGUUGCACUGUCGGGAGAAAUGCUCUCGUGAUGAGGUCGCGUUGGGGACUUCAGUGGAUGUACGGAUCUCACUCGUGCGCUCCACACAGGCGCGAGACAAUGUGAAUUCCCACUUGUGCUGUGAGCUGCUGGGCAAAGUCCACUUCCAUCAGUGGCCAUCCUCUCAAACUUCUAUCCUACGUGGUGCACGAGGCAGCGAUGGGGAGGAGCCUGUCACGGUGCCGGAGCUCUACCUGAGCGUGUGCGACGCGGAGGACUCUGUGGCAUAUCUCACAGCGGCCUCAGAAGUUUCCGUCUCACACAUCCAGGCAGGUCCUGCUGCAAGUGGGACUCUUGUUUUCCCAGUUCGUCUUAACAGCGUGCGCCUGAAGCCCACGCUUCCGUAUGAAAAGGCACCUUACAUUGCCCCGGCUGGACCAGCGCCGAUCUUCGCAUUUCGAGAUGCAUCCUCCUUCCAGGCCAGGGCAAACGUUCCACAGAAGGGCAGCACGGUGGGAAGCGUCUGGGCUGGGCGCAACUUUCUCCUGUCCCUGCGGUGCAGAGGCAAUCGCUUGAACGAUGUUCCAGGCUUUGAGGGUUUCGGUGGAGUGCAGCAGUGGGGUCACCAUCGCAUGCAUGUCUUCGCUCGGGCAAAAUUUCUGCCCGAGCCAAGGCAGGCCUCUGGUGUUUCUGUAGAGACCAGCCCAUUUCAGUACACAUGGCUUGAGCCCUUAGCCUCGGUCGUAGCACCACCGGAGCAUUUCGGCACUGCCCUGCUGCUCUCCGCUGAAAAUGCCAGGGUGGUCCACAACAAUCUUGGCGGCCAGGGACCUGACAAGGACUCGUUGGAGCUCCGGUUCAGCAGAGCUGGCGCUGUGGGCGGUCGUGCUGUGGACGUGGUGAUGGAGGCGAAGGGUCCCUACCACGCGAAGAACCCAAAGCUCAAUGGCCAGCUGGGACACCACUUCGGAGCAACCAUCAACGCAUCUCUGCUUGAAAAGUGCUUGGAUGGCUACGUCUUGACCCAAGCCUUUCUGCUUGGGAGUUGCUCUCCCGGGUACGAAGGCAUACCAGCUGUGCCAGAUAUACUGGUGGCGUUGGGGAGUUCCGUGGAUCUGCGCAUCUCACUCGUGCGCUCCACGCAGGGCGAGCUGCUGUCCGUCAAGGUGCCAGAACUCUACCUCAGCGUUUGUGAUGCUGAGGACUCUGUGGCACGCCUCACUGCGGCUUCAGAGGUCUCUGUAUCCAACAUCCAGGCAGGGCCGGUCACCAAGAGUUUGCAAGAAGAGGUGCGCUACACCGCCCCGGCCGGGCCGGCGCCCAUCUUCGCGUUUCGGGAUGCAUCCUCGAUCCAGGCGUUAGUUGGAGCCAUCGAGCUGGAGGGCUUGUAUAGGAACUCGAGCGAUGCAAGCAUGAGCCUUGUCGUGAGAUAUCCAUACCUGGAGAAAGGCAGCGCCGCGGGAAGUGCCUGGGCCGGGCGCAACUUUCUCUUGUCGCUCCGCUCCCCGAAUGUGACGCAGGUUGGUGAGGCCUUGCCGCCGAAGGCUAUUUACAUUGAUACCACGAUCCCAAUUCAUCCCUUUUCUUCAUACCACUCUGAUGGAGAGGACAGCCCCGGCGGUUUCAGCCCAGAUGCACCAGUCCUUUCAGCUCAAGAAGACCAGUGCGAAGUGCUGAGUGCGAUGUGCUUCAUCGAGGGGUUUUGGGUUGAGGCUUCCAGGCGGUUCGGACAUGAAGGUUACGUACAGAACUCGUUCUCCGGAUGCCGACUUCUUUUCUCCCUGCAUACCCUGAACUUGAAACCGUGGAACACGCCAGAAGUGGAGGUCGUUUACAACAACCUCGGGGGGAGCUGGGGACUUGUGGUAGUGGCUGCGAGCAUGAUUCAGUGCUUGGCAACGAUUGCCUCGGACUUCGCUACGAUGCUUCAGAUUGUGUCCAUUGACAUGAACAGUGACGCUCACAUGAAUGAGAUCGGACCUUUGCCAGGUGAGCCGGUGCCUGAAGCAGGUGCGGGAGAUCGAGAGGACCGUGCACCAGCUGAUGAAGAGGACCAACAGGCUUGCACAUUGGCUUCAUCUGGGAGACCGCCUCGACGACGCCGAGUACCCCGUGGAGGCGAGCCGAUGGACUUCAGCGGACGAGGCAAGAACAUGCCAGUAGCGAAGCCAAAGCCACGGCCCAAGAGCAGGCCAAGUGUCGCCGGAGACAACAAAAAACGGAGUGUGCUACCAAAAGCUAUCGCGCACGCGCCGUGGCGCACCAAGAUUGCUAGACAGCGAUGGCUAGUCAAAAAGAACCACGAGAAAUCAUGGCCCAGGACGAGGAGCUCCACGGCAAGAGCAUCUACAUGGGUGGCCGAUGAUGAUGAUGAGGAAGUAAUUGACUGUGAGGACAUGGGUGAAGAGGCCGGGACGAAAGACAGCGGCAUGGCGGAAGAGGAGGCUGAAAAUGAGGUCCCAGCAGAUGUGCCCUCGCGGGAAAACGACACGGAGACCCAUGUUGAGGUAGAGAUGGAUGAUGAAGAAUGGCAAGAACUGGAUGAGGAAUAUGAAGAAGAAGGAGAUGGAGAAGGAAAUGGAGAUGAAGAGUAUGACGAAACCCAGCUUAUGCAACAGGACCACCAACCCAACGGGAAGCAGCUGGGCAUGUUGGACAAGGUACAGAUGGAAGAGUUCGGUGAAAUGUUCAAAAGACACUAUUCCAGCAUGAUCAACCCCACCAUUGAGAAGCCUGUUCGAAUGGCCUUGAUUAGGGGAACGAAGAGCAAGCUACCUGGAAUCAGGAAAAUCUCCAAGGCUCUCCUGGCACAUGUCAGCUCGCUGAAGCUAGUGGAGUCCGGGAAUAUGACGCCCCCGUGGUGGAGAACACUCUGGUCCAGAGUUCGCACUGCAGUUCGAAGGGCCGGCAAAAUAUGCCAUGACAUCGAGGGAGAUGAAACGAUGCUCAUGCAAUACAUGCAGCGCAUCCCAGCCUUUGCGGAGUUCAAAAAUGGGGACAGAUUCUGGGUUGCCAGAAUGCUCCAAAAGGAGCUUGAGCUUCUGCAAAGCCUACAGAAAGGGAUAGGAGUAAAAAUCAGACAACUCCUUCAACGGCUGCAAGAAUUGGAAGGCCAACUACACCAUGGAGUACGUGACCUUGUGGACAUGCUUCGUGCGGUGGCUGUCUCCUUCCAAAAUGAUGACAUUGAUGAAAGCAGGCCAGAUGAAGUUGAUAGUUGGGUUGAAGCCUGGAUGGGAAGAAUCCGGAAAUGGAUUGCCAUGGAAAUGAACAACAUUGAUGGAGUUGUGGUGGUUGAGGACUCGAUGGAAGCCGCGGUUGAAGAAGGAGCCAGGAUUGAGUCCGCCUUCGUGGAAAUGGUGGUGGACCUACAGAAGCGCUUGAGUAAACUGGCCGGUGAAGAGGAAAAGAACAGAAUGGCAAGGUCAGCGGCCAUGGCACAACAGUGGGAUGACUGGGCAGUCUCCAAUGCUAUGGGCCAGUGCCACAGUCCCAAGCGCCAAAGGACAGUGGGAACGCAGGUGGAUGACCAAGCGAUUGCACAUGCAGUAGCUGAAGUCCAACAAGCCGAGAUCGACAAGGAGAUCCUACCCAAUGCGGAAGAAAAUGCGGAGCUGAAGGAAGGCAACGGUCUACCUGUUGACGUGCGGAGUGAAGAACAACUACCUAUGCAGAUUGCGAGCACCGCCAUGGACGUUCCGGUGCUGUGCAUGGAAGUGAUGGAUGCGGUGAUGUACAUGGUGGACAGGAAGGAUGUGAAGCUCAGGGAACAGAUGAAGGACACGGUCGCCCGAGGCACCUCGGUGGACCUUCAGCUGAAGCUGGUGAAGGAGAGGGAGGACCCACUAUCGCUGGCAGCCUCUGACGAGGCCAAGUGCCAGGUUGUUCAUGCCGUGUUCUUCCCAAAUGAGACAGUGCGCUGGGGCAAGGACCUACUUCGACGUUCGGAGGCUAUGAUCCCGGCAGACCUAACGUGGCGCAACGGUCUGGCGCAGGCGAAAUGCGGCCAGAAGCCUUUCGGUAUACUAGAGGAUCUGCAACAUCCGGGUGUCAAAGGCUGUGGCUCCCCAGAGAUAUCCUAUGACACAAGCAAAGGCUUUGAGACCUUCGAAGGAGCACCUGGAGAUUGGGAGGCGCAGACCGGCACCCUGGGGGCUACCAUGCAAUUUCCCAUGUUCGUGGUCUCCGUGCAGCAGUUGCUGAAGAUGACGGAGGUUCGGCCACACGAGAUCUUGAAGGACGAGGGCAUUGCCGUCGAGUAUGAGGAAAGCAUGGGUAAAGCCGCUUUCAUCUCGCACGAGUGGGUUGGUGAUGGGCACCCCGACCCUGAAUUCAAACAAUUGAGCGUUUUUCAGGAUGCUUUGACUUACAUGAUGUCUGACUUAGAGCAAAUCCCCGCCGACGUCUACACAGAAGUCCACUGCAAGAAAAAGCCGGUUUCUACGUCGGCUUUCCGAACGCAAGCUCUGUGUGUGUGGUACGAUUAUUUCUGCUGCCCACAGCUUGGCCGUCAGCCAUCUCUCUCACAUUCAGACAGCGACCUAUCCAUGGCUGUUACCAGCAUCCCCGCAUAUGUGGCGAAGUGCUCGUUUUUCUUUGCACUCUGCCCUGUCAUUGUGAGCGAGGAGCUGGGGAGGGAAAGAACGUUCCACGAUCUUUCGAAGAACGACGGCUGGUUCAUGAUCAAGAGCUGUGCAGAAAUCGAACUCGUGGCGUCCUUCGGCGGCACCGUUGGGGGAGCGCCUGGUUCUGGCAAAUUUACGGUAGGCAGUGAUCGCAGGACCUUGGCACCAGUCUUGAGCGGUGCGGUGAAGCAGAAGCUGCUUUCCUUGCUGAAAUCUCUCAACCUCCGAGAAUACCGAAUCUGGGGAGUUUUGCUGAACAUGCAGGAAAUUCUUAUGAAAGAUCUCCCAGCGCAAGAGUUGGCUGAGCCACGUCCCGGCUUCUCAUCUGCGAAAGGCUUAGAUGAGGAGUCUCUUGCAGUGUCUGCUUUCAUGUAUCAGAAUGGCUUCGAGCUGGUAGAGGAGGUUGACGAUGCCGGAUGGUCGCCCCUACAUUAUGCUUCCCUGGCCGGCAAGACACUGGUGGUGCAAGGUUUGCUAGCACAGCGGGCGAACCUUGACUGCCAGACGCAGCAUGAACAACCUCGAGUGGGAAUUGCUCCAGGGACGACUGCCCUGAGCAUAUCCAUGUUUUCUCAUCACAAUGACGUUGCGAAGUUGUUGAUUGCUGCAAAGGCUACAAUUGACUCAGGCUUAGCUCCUCCCUUGCAUUUCGCUGCCCACGCAAACAACGCAGAAGGCAUUCGCAUCCUUCUGGAUGCUGGCUCUGACCCUUGUACCAGGGACUUCCUGGGCCUUCAUGCCUUGGCAGCAGGUUGCUCAUUUGGAUCACUGGAUGCAAUCGAUGAGCUGGUUUCCCGAGCGCGCAUGUCCAUCAAGCCUUCAGACCUCUCGACUGCCCUCUCAUUUGCUUUGGUUGCCUACGGAGGCACAGUGGACUUGGUGCACCGGAUGCUGGAUUUGCAGGCUGAUGUCAACGACUCCUGGAGCGUGCCACUGGUGCCGACCUGCGUCUAUCAAAUCGUGCAGGCCAUCAGCACCCUUGAACAUCAGCUGGGAAGUGACACACUUUGGAGCCGACCGCCAGAGGUGGAGGCAUGGGAGUUUCAUAUUUGCGUUCGGAAAGAAGAGGAGAAGGAGGAUGAAUAUCCUCCAGCGCGGGGCGUUGGGCUAGGCUUCAAGAUCGUUUGUGACGUGGGGCUGAUAUGCUGUGGAGCGGGGCGCCGUGGCGAGCAACUAGAGGCUUCCUUCAUUCGGUCACCCCCGUGGUUCAGCGCUUCCCAAAGUGGAGCAGGGUGUCAGCACUUUGAGGCCGGUAUAAGCUCUGAGGUGUCUCACUGGGUCACUGGGCCUUCGGCCUACGUGUGUGUUUUCGGGAGGUGGAUGCGACGACCCUCCCACUGCGCACCUGAAGCUCCUAAGCCCGACUUGCAGCAAAAGAAGAGGAAGCGCCGGCAUGCCAGCCAUGAUAGGGAGAAGCCCGAGCAUGGUUGCGUGCGUGAGGCGCCCAGAGCCGAUACCGCGGAGAAAACGCAAGACGACGGCAAAAGACGCCGUUGCGCUUCGCACCAAAAGAAGCUUGUUGAGUUCAACGCUGAGCAGGCAGAAGUCAAAGCCGAAAAAUCGGCCACACCUCGGAGGCAAUCGUCAGAGAGCCCUGACGUAGACCGUCUGGAUUUUGCCAUUGCAAUGGCAGAGAAGGGCAGGGCAUCGAAGGUAGCAACCUGGAAGAAGCUGGCGAACGGCAAGGGGAAGCCCUUUGUGGAGCGUUCCGAGCUUGCAGGACCACCCGGACUGGACCGGGAGCUGUUCAGCCACAACUUCGAAGACUGGCUGAGCGACCGUGGCUUGGAAGAGGCCUUGGAACGCGACCCACAGAAGGACCCUGCACUUGCUGAACUUGCUGACUGCAAACCGCCCCACCCGUGCUUAUACUAUAAGUACAAGACGCCAGACAUCCCUGACAAUGCGCAGAUAGAGCCUGGCCCCAACUGGAAGCGGGCCUACCACGGGACGUGGUUCUACGGGCUGCGAAGCAUUUUGCGCCAUGGGGUGCUGCUCGAAUCUAAUGACAAGGAGAAGGGCCACGAGUUCAAUGACCCAGGCCUUUGCCUGGCUCCUGGCUUGCACAAGGGAAUCUGGAACGCCAAGCCACAUGCUGUGUUUGAUGACGGUCUCUUCCACAGAGCCAUCAUCGAGGUCCGCUACGAUCCGGCUCAAGUGACUCAGAGCCAGAAGAAACGCAAGAGGAAUGGCGUUCUUCCCAACAUCACCAUGAACAGCGAUGCUGUGGCGAUCACUGGGUUGAUUAUCCAGGUUAACUCACAAGUCUACGCUGGAGAGGAGCGCUUCACGGGCUGGGAUGAAGACCUCGAGGUUAUUCCGCGGCCUGUACUGAGAAGCCGCAGAGCCUGCGAACGCCAGAGGCGUCGGGAUUUUAAGCGGCGGACGCAGCCCGCGGCUUGUAGCGAUUGCUCCUUCCAGUGUGACACAGGUAAGGUCGGCCAGAGUUUGCUGGCCGCCAAGCUUGAGGAGGAAGGGCGGCUGGAGCGAGAGCGUCGGCGCCUCGAGUACGAGGCGCGUCGGGAGAGCUAUGCUCGCCGCGCGGAGGAGGCCUGGCGUGAGCGCGAUGAGCUGCGUCGCCAGCAUGCCCAGCGUGAAGAAGAGGCCCCCACCGACCGCGAGACCACGGAUGGCGAGCUCCCACUGGAGCCCGCCGACCCGAACCAGGAGGCCGUCGAGUCCACAGAUGCGUUGGCCCUGGAACUUGGGGGUCUCACUAAGAUUGAUUUGCCGCCCUCCUCCGCCCCGCCGCAUCUGCAUGGGCUCCACCGCCAGCCUUCAGCUGAGGCUGGCGGCGAGCAGAGCGACCAGAAGGAGUAUGCGCCCCCAGCAGCGGUCAGCGACCUGGACAGCCAGGGCCAAGGUAACGCGCUGAGCAAGGAGGAUCAGGCCCGAAUCUUGGAUCUCUUUGAAGCUCGCCGACUGGCUGAAAAGGCUGGCUUGAAGUUUGAAGUAGGGCUGCCGGGCGACAUCGGAAGCGAAGCCCUCCCUGCCACGAUUGUAGCCUCUUUAACUGGUUUAGCCAAGAAGCGUGAGAAAGCUGAGAGGAAGCUGGUCCACAAGGGCGAAAAAGCCGUGGACGCGAAGACCAUUGAGCAACGGCUGUUGCAUGACGGCAGACUUUUGGAAGAUGAUCUGAAGCUGGACGGCUCUCUCGACCUGCAGUUGGUUUUGCUGAGCUUCAUCAAUCCUACACGUGACCAACUCACAGAGAUCAUCAGUGCAUCCUGGGGUGGUAACGUGUCUGAGCUUGAGGAGAUACUCUCUCGUCCACAAGAUCCCAACCACUUCAUUCCUCGCGAACCUGAAAACUUGCCUGCAUACGCUGAUGACUUCCCGCUGGGUGCGUUUUUGCCUCUGUCGCCGCUUCAGAUGGCGGCCAAUUUCGGCAAGCUUGAUGCCAUGCGUCUCCUCAUUGAGGCUCGUGCCGACCUCGGGCCGGCCCACUGCAGCAUCAGCAGUCUUAUUCUGGUAACCCAACCCGGAAGUCUUGAUGCCAUGAAGCUGCUGCUUGAGGCCAGGGCGGAUGCAGAAAACGCACUGGCGACAGCCGCCAGGUUGGGCAAAACGGGUGUGGUGCAAGCGUUGUUGGAGGACGGAGCCGAGAAGGAUGUGGAAGAUCAUGAUGGCGUGACGCCGCUUUUGAAAGCAUGCUGGUCUGGGCAUGUGCACGUUGUACGCUUGCUGCUAGAUGCGGGUGCCAAACCAGCCGCAUGCAACAAGAAGGGCAUAUCCUACCUCGCGGAGAUGCGUCUGCGUAGGCUUUCCAAAUUUCAGCGGCUGGCUCAGCUGCCUCAUCGGCUGGCUGACUUGCGUAUGUGGCUACGGUCAAGGUGGGGUCAGCAAACUGUAAGGCGCUUGCGGAUUCAGCGGCUACUUCCUGUCUCCAGAUGGUUGCGGGCAAGCCACCGAGUUGGAACACACCGGCUGGUGAAACCGCGCUCAAAGUAG